UACCUUAAGUACUCAGGAUACCUACCUCUCAAGGCAGUCACCCAUACUCAUCGACAACUUGAAGCAGUCGAGCUCCCUAGCUAUAUUCAUCAAAUCUUCAUCGAUCUAGUUAUCUACCUACCUUGUUCGGUAUACCCCGCCCACCUGCUAUACACAAGGUUUCAAGCUCAACAUGAACCCAAGCGAUGACAACUCGGAUCCGUUGAGACUCAUCGAUGAGGCUCGAAAGAACAAAAGGUUUUGGUAUGCCUGCCGCAAUGGUAAACUCAAGAAGGCCAGAAGGCUUUUGAGGCAGGGGGCCGACGUGAAUGUGGAGAGACGUUGCUUCAUACUAAAACGUGGUCGUCGAGAUGAGGGGUCAGACUCAGAAAUGAUCAGUGAUGAUAGCGGCGCUGACUCGGAUGCUGAAACUUUGAGAAGGAACCCCGAAGGCUUUUGGGCAGCAUGCAGUGCUGGAAACAUGGAGGAAGCACAACGACAGAUGUGGUACUACAAAAUGAAACGCAAGCAUCCUGAACUUUGGCGAAACCACAUGCCAGAAGAGAGCGACUGGGACAGCGACGACGAGCAAGAGGACAGAGACAAUCAGAGGGAAAAAGACGACCGAUAUAAGGACUUGGGAAAGGUCUCAGCGCUUUAUGUUGCCAUUAAGCGAGCUCAUUUCGACAUCGCUCUUCAUCUCCUCGAUCAACCUGGCAUUGAUAAUCUCGCCAAAAAAUACACCAAAGAGAAGGAGACUGUGUUGCACAGAGCUGUAGCGAAGGAAGCAGAAGACGUUUAUCAGAAACUUCUCAAGCACCCAGACGCCUGCGAACUUGGCGAAAGUAAGGACAAAGACGGAGAUUCGGCAAUCCAAAUGGCAGUAAUAUUCGGCGAUGUCGUUGCUACCCGUGUAUUGCUAGCUUCCGAAUUUGGCAAUCCACACUCUCUAGAGAGCCUUCUGUUUCUGGCGGCCUCCCACCGCCGGUCUAGACCGCCGAAGAAUGUUGACGUCGCUCGGCUAUUACUCAUGAACGGGGCGAGGCUUGGUUUGGAGGACGGAGACGGAAAAACUACAGCCCUGCAAGCUGCGUGCGCAAGAGAAGAUGUAGGUAUGGUGAAACUGCUCCUAGCCUGGAAGGCUCCACGCAUACCAGUUGGGCGUGAUGAUGCAUUGAGACUGGCGGGCGAUGAAUUGUGGCAGAAUAAGGACGAGACCAAGCCAGCGUGGAGCAACUCAAUUUCGAGGCAACACGAAAUUUCAGCCAACUUCAACAUCGAAAUAACAUUUUCAUGUGCCUUGGAUGUCAACGGGGAUGGCUCAUAUACCCGUAACUGGACUCGAUCCAUGCCAAUUAAGGACUUUAUGGGCACACGACCUACAGAAGAAAACUUGCUCACCCAACUCGAAGAAGAGUUUGUCAGCGACACGGAGGAUGAUGGAGUUAACAUAGAGCCCGAAGAUAUCGUGCGAUGGAUUCAUAUCCCACACACCAAUGAUGUUGUUGCCAAAUUAUGCGAGUCUUACGGGGAGACCGAAAGCGAGAAGCAGUACUACAUGUCCCGCUUUGUCGAUGCCACGGCGUGUGCCCGGAACACCGCAGGUAACAGCUACUGUCGUUUCCCUCACGUACAAUGCCAACAUAAAAUUGAUGGAACCAUAACCUCGUCAAAGAUUUCCCUUGUCGUUCCAUUUAUUGACUUCGAGUCUGAACGGUAUCUAAGCCCACAUGCAAAUCGCCUUUUUCCCGUUCUCCAAAAACAAAGAGACCUCUGGGAUUUGGAGAGUCAAUUCGGUCCAUACAACGGAUCUGUUGGUCUACAGCGCCCAGAAACCUUAGACCAGGCAUACCAUGAUGGGUAUACGGCUCUCAAUCAAACAGACAAAGAUCAGGUAGUGUACAAGUGGUUGAAAGAACGGAAUUGCGCACCGGGCCCGAUACCAACGACAGGAGAAGCACCAGCCGCAGAAGGAGCAGGCACAGCCAUCCCUGCACUUGGAAGGGUGAAUCCUACUAUUCAGAACGUAGAAGGCCCAGAACCUACGGCGCCGGGUGUAGCGGCACCUUUCGUCACAGAGACUGCCACCAGGACAGCUGGAGGAACCAAUCCUCCUACCGAAAACGCGGAGACGCCUGAAACAAAUAACACACCACUGAAGCUUCUCAUGGUUCGUCAGUUGUGGAUGUGGAAACUGGACGAAAGUGGGACUUAUUACUACUGCGUCUGUGCUCUUGCGAAUAACCUGUUGGCUAACACCUAA